AUGGCGCUGAUCAUCAAGUUUAAUGAGCUCCAAGAGAUUACGCUCAGUAGAGAUAUGAGCAAAAAUACCCUCAAAAACGAUGAAAAGGGUAUUGGCGUGCAGGUUGACAAUCUUCCCGGUGGCCAAAGACUUCUCCUGUUGUGUCUGAUAUUAGCAAUUACUCGUACAUAUGCUGUAGACGAUGGAACAGGAGCUGAUACAGAUAAUCCUGGUGCAGAUGUAACUGAAGGUGGGGAUGAACAAAAUGGAGGUGGUGCAGGUGGAGAUGAUAAUCAAACUGGAGGUAGUGAAACUGGAGGUGGUGAAACUGGAGGAGCUGACGAAGGCUCAACUACAUCAGAUUACACCACAGAGUGCAGUCAACUUGGUGCAUACGCUCGUUUCAAAUACGAUGACGACUGUAAACAAUACGUUGAGUGUCAAGUCGACGGAACGGGAAAACUAACUCCUUGCCCUCUUGGUUUGGCUUACGAUCCUGACACAGAAAGUUGCACCUGGACGAGCGAUGUGGACGGUUGUAAACCUGGAGAAAGCGAUUCAAAUACGGCUGAUGAUUGCCCAAGCGAUGCAUCAUGUACAGGCACUGAAAUACUAGACCCUAUGCGCAAAAUAUGCACUCAACCUGGCACAAUUGUUUGUGAAAAGGGUGAAUCUAUGCCAAAAUGUUCCCUUAUUGAUACGUACAAAGGGCAUUUCAUAGCCGAUAAAGAGGAUUGUGCCAGCUAUUAUUACUGUUCUGACGACGAAAAACGUUAUAAAGGCUCUUGCACUGAAGGAUAUUACUUUGAUCCUGCAAGACAAAUGUGUGUAUACAAGAGCUCGCUGGCCCAAUGCAAGCCAAUCAAAACAUCAUCGUCGUCCACAUCAACCCCUACAGCAAUCGACUGGGACACCGUGUGCAAUGGAGUUAAAAGCAAGUUUAUCCCGGAUCCUAGGUUAUGCAAUGCCUACAUUUAUUGCAACGGUGAUGGGACUCCACGCCAAGACUUUUGCCCCACAGGAACGUACUUCAACAACGGAAGCUGCACUAAGACCAAACCCAGCUCAUGCACUUGCGAAAGCUUCUUGACAAGUGAUGCGACGAAAAAAUAUGAAGAAUAUGCUCCUGAUACUGACAAGAGCAAAUAUUACCUUUGUAAAAAUGGUGACCGUAUAUUAGAGGAUUGUGGUGCAAAUUCACACUACGACUUGAAGACCCAGAGCUGUACAUUUUAAAAAUUCUAAAAGAAUGUUAUUAAAUAAAUAAAAC